AGGUCAAAAGUCACUCGAGAUAUGUGAGACUGAGAUGCUUGGGUUUUUCAGAACGGAUGGGCUAGGACAUCAACCCAAACGCCCCUCCCCCUUUUCUUUGGGGUUCAGAGUAGGGUCAGGCGGUGGAUAGUGUUGGUGGUGACCAAGAACUGCGUGCCUAGAAGCAGGGGGAGGAGCUUGCACAAGAUUUGGAGAGACUGAGUCACCUGCUGCCACCAUCAAUACAAUGCAAUUCAAGAAUACCUAUUGUGUCCCCAUUGUGUACCAGGCACUGUGCUAGAGGUGAACAGGAUUGACCCUGACCUUGACUCAAGGAAACACUCACUUCAUCUUUACUUUACCUGCAGGCUAGUUGGUCAUAUGGGAAAAGGGAGAAGACCCCCACUAUUGUCUGUCCACCCUUUCCAAAAUAAGUAAAUCCACAGCUGACCAGUAAGGACAGGGAGGAUGUGUGCAACUCUGUGAAGGAACCUGGGAAUGGUUCUCUCCUAAGAAGUUGCAGAGCCCUGCCCUCUCCCCCACAUGGUGAAAGCUGGAGAGGAGCAGGAGCGUCUUCGCUUGGAACGGGAACAGGAGCAGAAGAAGGCCAGCAGCCUGGCCAGGCUGGCCCAUGCCCUGCCUGUGGAGGAACCCCGCAUCGAGGCACCACCCCUGCCUCUGUCGCCACCAGCACCCCCACCAGCCGCCCAGCCUCUGCCCCUGGCACCUCGCCAGCCCACCCUGGUUAACACCCCUGGACUCAGCAUUAAGGAUUCUGCUCCCCUGCCCACCAGGCCGCAGAUGCCCACCCCUGCCCCUCUACUGCCAGACUCCAAGCCCACCGGCAGCCCCAAGCCUUUGCAGCCCCUCCCCACACCCAUCCUGACCAUAGCACCGCACCCUGGAGUCCAGCCCCAGCUGGCCCCCCAGCAGCCACCCCCACCCGCUCUUGGGACCCUGAAGUUGGCACCAACGGAAGAAGUCAAAUCCGGCGAACAGAAGAAGAGGCCUGGGGGGAUCGGAACCAGAGAAGUCCACAACAAACUGGAGAAGAACAGGAGGGCCCAUCUGAAGGAAUGCUUUGAGACCCUGAAGCGCAACAUCCCCAACGUGGACGACAAGAAGACCUCGAAUCUGAGCGUGCUGCGGACGGCGCUGCGGUACAUCCAGUCCCUGAAGAGGAAGGAGAAGGAAUAUGAGCAUGAGAUGGAGCGGCUGGCGCGGGAGAAGAUCGCCACGCAGCAGCGGUUAGCGGAGCUCAAACAUGAGCUGAGCCAGUGGAUGGACGUGCUAGAGAUUGACCGUGUGCUCCGACAGACAGGCCAGCCCGAGGACGACCAGGCUUCCACCUCUACUGCCUCUGAGGGCGAGGACAACAUAGAUGAGGAUAUGGAGGAGGACCAGGCCGGCCUGGGCCUACCCAAGCUGAGCCAUCGCCCCCACCCGGAGCUGCCGAAGCCACCGCCCAGCACCGCCCCUGUGCCUCUGCCUCCCCACCCACACGCCCACUCCCAGCCUGUGGCCCUGUCUCCAGCCCAUCUGCCUGGGCAGCAGCAGCCACCACAGCAGAAGACACCUCUGCCGGCUCCUCCUCCCCCACCAGCUGCCCCUGCCCAGACGCUGGUACCAGCUCCAGCCCAUUUGAUGGCUGCAUCUGGGGGAGGCUCCACGGUCAUCGCCCACACAGCCACCACCCACGCCUCAGUCAUCCAGACUGUGAACCACGUUCUCCAGGGGCCAGGCGGCAAGCACAUCGCCCACAUUGCCCCCUCAGCCCCCAGCCCUGCUGUGCAGCUGGCACCUGCCACACCCCCUAUUGGCCACAUCACAGUGCACCCUGCCACCCUUAACCACGUGGCCCACCUUGGCUCCCAGCUUCCCCUGUACCCACAGCCUGUGGCAGUGAGCCAGCCCGUGGCGGUGAGCCACAUUGCCCACACCCUCUCGCACCAGCAAGUGAAUGGCACAGCUGGGCUGGGGCCCCCCACCACCGUCAUGGCAAAGCCAGCCGUGGGGGCUCAGGUGGUGCACCACCCCCAGCUGGUGGGCCAGACAGUGCUCAACCCUGUGACCAUGGUCACCAUGCCCUCCUUCCCGGUCAGCACACUCAAGCUGGCUUGAGGAUGAGGCCACUCAGGCCCCCAGUGGGGGCAAGAAGGGGAACCUGUCCCCACACUCUCCCACCAGCUCCACACAUUCCAGUCCGGCCCAGGCCCACCCCACCCACACCCACCCCCAGGCCUCCUAGGGGAAGGGGGUGCAGAGACUCUGAGCCAGGGGAGGGAGGGGCCACCCCAGGGAGCUGGGCACAGGGCAGGGGGUUAGUUCACUGCACUAGGACUUGAUAAAGUGAUGAGAGACGCUCUGGUGGACGUGCUGCCGAUUCAGCCUGGUGCUGUUCCUGCCUCCCCAUCCUGUCCCCUGAAACAGUUUGAUGUGGAUGUCAUGUUCUCUGCCUUCUCCCUCCCCUGCUGCCUUCCUGUGCUGCUGCUGCUAUUGCUCUGUCUGGUGAUGUGGCUGAGGAUCUGGGCCCUCCCUCCUGAGCCUCAGCCUCUCUUCCCAGGCCUAUGGAGGGGAAAGAGGAGGAACUGAACUGAAGCAACUUGGCUCAGAAAGUUGGGGGGCACUGUGGGCCCUAUUCUGAGUACAGGUGAGAAGUCCUAGGAAGUGGCUGGUCUGGAGUCCUACGCAGACAGGUGGGUGCCCCAGCCUGGGGCGCGCCAAC